AUGUCGGACGUGGUCCCGCCCGUGGCUGUCGCGGCUUUCUUCGUGAUCUACCUCGGCGCUUGCUUCUUUGCGUCCCUGAGCCUUGUCACGAGCCUCAUCGGCGAUACGUUCAUGAAAACGCACUUGGAUAGCAAGGAAUUGAAGCGACAACACAUGGAGGAGCAGCGCCUGCUCCUCAGCGCUGCGUUGGAGGAUCUCCUCGCCCACAAUUCGAACGAGGAGAGCUUCGUCAGCCGAGAGGGCUUCGCUGCCAUGCUGGCGGGCAACCCCGUCAUAUUCGACAGGCUCCGGGCGCUGGGCAUCCGCACGGACCGAGAGGAGCUGGACGGCCUCUUUGACCACCUCAGCGCCGAGUCCGAGCGGCAGGAUGCCGGGCUCGUGAGGAUCGACGUGCUGGCCGAGGCCAUGGUGAGCCUCCGCGGCGACGCGAAGGCUGGGCAGCUGCUGGACUUGAAGUUGAUCUUGCAUUCGCUGCGCCGCGAGACGGAGUUGCAGGCCGAUGUGGCCAGGAAGGACGCCGACCGCAACCAGGGAGUGAUCGCCGCGGUCCUGUCGGAGCAGCAGCGCAAGACCGACGAGCUGUGCUUCGCGGUGGCCACCCUGCAGAGCACGCUCGCGUCCAUGCAGGACGAUGUCUCUAUCAGGCUCAGCACCCUGGAGGCCGCCGUCAAAGAGAAUCUCCACCAGAGGGAGAGGCGCGAGGAGCAGGAAAAGACCGAGAAGCGGGACGCUUUUGCAGGGGUCAACGACAAGUUGGACACGAUGACUAGCAAGCUCGCUGUGCAACUUCAGGGCCUCAAUGCGCAAAUCGCUCAGAUGGAGGCCAAGGUCGAGUCCGCGGUGAGCGACAUCGCGGAGGUCAGCACCAGGCUGGGCGGCUCGAGCGUGGCGACUCGCGAGGGCACGCUCGACGUGGGCGUGCUCGAGAACUCUGGGGCAAGUUUCUCUGGCAGGGGUUCGAUAUCUAUGUGGCGCGAGGACACCGACACGACCGCGGACUGCGACCCAGCCGCGGCUGCCACCGCCGCCGCAGCCGGCGCGGGCGAGCCCACAGGCGACAAGGCGCCCGCCGCCUCCGCGCACGCCCCCGCGGACCCGGGCGGCGCGGCGGCCGCGCGCGAGGAGGGCGCCGCGGCGCCCGCCGGAGGCUCGGAGGUGGAGCCGAAGCUGGGAUCCUGA